UUCAAUUCUUGGAUUUUAGCUGCUAGGCAUAAGUCUAUUAUCACCAUGUUAGAGGAAAUUAUGCAUAAACUAAUGAACAGACAUGUGGAUAUGAUCAAUUUUGCUAAAACAUGGAUUACAGAUAUUUCUCCUAUGGCAAGAACAAUACUAGAGGAAAACAAAGAGUACUCUAAGAAGUGUAAAGUUAAGUGGAAUGCACAAGGUGGUUUUGAAAUUUUAGACAAUGGAUAUAGGUUUAGGGUUCAUUUGGGAAACAAGACUUGUGAUUGUAGGCUAUGGCAGUUAAGAUGUAUUCCUUGCCCCCAUGCAGUUUGUGCUUAUUAUAAAUUAAACUUAGAUCCAGAUGAGCAUGUAGAGCAUUGGUAUAGGAAUGAUACAUUUUUGAAGGCCUACAGUUACUAUAUUCAACCUAUUCCCAAUCUAAAGAUGUGGCCUGAAAGCUCAAAUCCAUCAAUAGAGCCUCCUUUGCCAAAGCCAAUGCCAGGUAGACCUAAAAAGUGUAGAAGAAAGGCUAAGGAUGAACCGAAAAAGAAGUAUGGAAAGCAAUCAAAGAAGGGUGUCAAAAUGACGUGUUCAAAAUGCAAACAGACUGGCCACAACAGAAAAUCUGAAGUGAGGGAUUCUUCAUAGCCAGAGAAUCAAAUACCCAACCAAGCCAACCAACCCAACCAAGCUCUGUUUGUGGAGACACUACAACCGUUAGAAGAGUUAACCAAAAUAGGGGAGGUGUUGGGAAAGGCAGAUGAGGUGGAAGCAAAAGAGGUAAUGGAAGAGAAACCCCAUUUGUAAGUCCAAGAGAUGCUUCAUCUAGUCAGACUAAGGGUUCUAGUUCUGCUGAAUGUACUGCUGCAACUGUUGGAAACAAAAGGCCUGGAAAUAUUACACUUAAUGUGCCAUGUCACGCAAAGUGUUUAUUUGAAACAAAUCUGUGUUAAAUGAAGUGUUCAAUCGGAACAUACCUUAAAUAAGGUGUCCCAGAGGAAAAUCGGGACAAGUUUAGGUGGUUGUACAUGAUUUUCGCCAAUAUUAAACAAUCGGUAAUCUAAACUUUUUUGUUGGAGAAACUUUAUGAAAAAAUGUUCAAGUUAGACAAAAAUUCGUA